AUGGGAGCUUCACAUUUGGUGAUCACGGCGCUUCAGUCACUCUUAAAACAACAUGAGUUAAAAAUUUCUAAGAGAACGUUAGAAGGGUUUAUAACGGAGAUUGAUCACGUGGCUCCCUGGUUCGUGUGCUCGGGGUUGCUGACGCUUGCCUCCUGGGAUAAACUGGAAGCGGGCCAAGGGGUGUUAGAGGAACUACAAGACAGCAUGUCAGAAACAGAACAAGAUAAGAGAUUAGGAGCUCAUAAAGAAAAAGGAAAGGACAUGUCUAAGAAGAAAAGCCCUUCUGUGGACACUAGGCCAACAGAAGUGAUAGAAAAGGGAAAGGAUGCCCUGGGAGAGAAAAGUAAAAAGGGAGAAAAGAAACUUGCUGAAUCAGUUAAUAAGUAUGGAGUGGAUGUUAAUUUUACAGUCAUGCAGCUUGAAAGACUCGCUAGUGUGGCCAUGACUCCAAAUGACUGGCAAAAUACAGUAAAGGCUGCUCUCCCCAGUAUGGGACAAUACUUAGAAUGGAAAGCCUUGUGGCAUGAUGCUUCUCAAACUCAGGCAAGGGCCAAUGCCCAUGCAGAAGAUAACCAACGGCAAUGGACCUUUGAUUUACUAACGGGGCAAGGCCAGUUCGUUCAUAAUCAGACAAAUUAUGAUUGGGGAGCAUAUGGCCAGAUCUCCACUGCUGCUAUUAAAGCAUGUAAAGCCCUCUCAAAAAAGGGUGAGGCCGGAGGACACCUAACAAAGAUUAUUCAAGGCCCCCAGGAGUCAUUCUCAGAUUUUGUGGCCAGGAUGACAGAAGCAGCAGGCAGGAUAUUUGGAGAUCCAGAACGAGUUAGGCCUAUGAUAGAACAGCUGGUAUAUGAGAAUGCCUCACCUGAAUGUAAGACGGUUAUUACUCCCAGAAGAGGCAAAGGGCUGACAGACUGGAUAAAGAUUUGCCGAGGACUUGGGGGCCCACUUACCAAUGCUGGCCUUGCGGCAGCUAUUUUGCAAAACAGGAACCGUCCUAAUCCUGGAGGCCAUAAAACCUGUUAUAAUUGUGGUAAACCGGGUCAUUUAAAACGAGAAUGCCGGGCUCCUGCACAAAAGAAAACUCCAGGGCUUUGUACCAAGUGUAGGAAGGGUUAUCACUGGGCCAAUGAGUGUCGCUCAGUUAGAGAUAUUCAGGGAAAACUUAUUCAACAUGAUAUCCCUCCAAAAGAAAGAAAUGAGAGUGUUCCAAAAAACGGGUUUCAGGGCCCCAGGUCUCAAGGCCCCAAAAAAUAUUGGACACAAAUGGGCAACAGGAAGACACAUCUAGCCGCAGAGCUACAAGAGGCUCCGCAGGAUUAG